UUAUAAAAGCCCAUUUAUAUAUGCACACACACCCAGUCAAAUAACAGUCAGAUAUAAAAUAAAACUCAAUGUAAAAAUAGUUGUAUAGAACUGAAAACAGACGUUGCACACAUGUGAAGAGAAACAUCGGAUAUUUACCUGGAGGGACUGCUUCCAAACACUGAAGUCCUGCCCUGUAAUGAUGUAACAAGUUAUAACUAAAUGCGUUUGGCUUGUGCUCCGUGUCAUUAGAGGAAUCUACUUUGAGUGAAGAGGACCAUCAAUUUCUGCUUCAGCAUAGAUUACUACGGUAUCCAAAUGUUCAGCAAGCGCAGGACUUCAGGGUUUCCCCCACCUCUAGCAAAUCCAGAUGAAGUCCCUGCAAAUAUGGAAGAUGUGCAGUCUGGCUACAUGUACAAGUCACCCCUUCAGACUAUACUUUUCAAAUCCUUGAAAUCAUGGAAGCGGCGGUUCUUUGUGCUCAGCAAGACCUCUGUUAAUUAUUACCAGCUGAGGUUCUUCAAGGAUGGAAAUAAAAGAGAGAAACCUUUAGGACAAAUCAACCUUUAUCAGGUCUCACUGCUUUUCCGGCAAGCAGAGUCACACCCCAAUUGCCAGUGGAUACAAAGGAACUUUAGAUGCACUCCGUCCUGUGUUUUGUACAUGAAGGUGCCAGAUAGAGAAUAUUUCCUCAUUGGACAAAACAGCGAUGAGAUGGAUGAGUGGUUUAAUGCCAUAUUUAAGGCUCUGAAUACACAUGUUCCCACACCGCCUGACUCAGAGGAAAUCAGAAAAUUUAGGUCGAUAUCCGAGCCUACAUCUAUGUUGUACCGUGAUCAAAAUGGGCUUGAAGACCAAGAACAGAAAGAAACUGAUCCGAAUCCAUCCUUUUCAAUGAGACAGUCUGCCCCCGAGUCCUUCAACCAACUAGUCUAUGAUUAUCCAAGGAAUUACAUGAUGACAGCAUUUACGGAAAGUGAAGACAGUGAGGAAGAUGAGGAAGAUGACGUGAAGAUAAACAAAGAAAGUGAAAUAGAAGGCCACACCAACCACUAUAUGGACAUGAAAAGUGUGGAAGAGGCACUGAGGCAGACUGAAGAUCUCUUGCUUCCUCAAACAAAUCUGGAAGGCAAUAACAGUCCGGAGAACUUGUUCCUCCAGACUGGCAAUGAGGAGAGCUCCACUGCUCUUAACGGGCAGAUUUCAUCAGGGAGUGAAUCCCCUAUUCCUGUGGAGGAGGAAAUUUAUGUUAGUCAACACGAGCUGAAAAACAGUGUGAUCAUCUCAGAGGAAGCAGGCAAACUAUGGGUGUCUAACUGGAAGCAUACACAGUCAUCUGUUCUGUUCCAUGAGGGUGACCAAAUCCUGGCCAUUAAUGAUCUGCUUACAGACAGUCUGGGAGAGUUACAAAGCUAUCUAAAGAGGCUUGCUAAAGACCAGGUCAAACUGACUAUCCUAAGACAGCCAGGGUCCCAACCCUUAAGUGGAUGUUACACGUAAAGUGUCCUCUGCUCUGAUUCUCCUGCACUGUUCAUUUGAAGUACAGGCACAUGCUUGACACGAGGAAGAUCAGCAUUCUGACUCUGCGUUAGAGAAAGCAGUAGUGCAAUGUCUGGGAAAGGUUGUACAGUGCUGCUUGAGAGAAUGUUCAAAAUGAUUCUAAAUAGUUUGUUGAUUUCUGUAAUACACUUACUAAAUCUGGUCUGGGACAACCGUUGACUUGAAAUCUUUGCUCUGAUUAGCAGACACCAGCGAUCCAGGUUUGUAAUUACACUGCAGUCCACUGGCUUUGGGAGAACUACAUGAUGAAGCCCUCUAGUGUUUCAAAUGUUCAAACCAGAAAGAUAUUAGAUUGCACUGCAAGUUAAACCAGUUAAACUUUCUGAACGUUGUGCCUGCCCCCACCCCGAUUAUUUUUCCAAUAUACAAAAUACACAUGGAAAGUGAUUACUUUCAGACGUGUAUAGGCAAAUCUACAGGAUGUAAUAUGUUGAUCGGUUUAUAUUCUAAAUGUAUUAUCCCUGCAAUAAAACCUAAUUAAAACCA